UUUCCCUAAUUUUCCAACACUCUGUAACACUAAGGAAAUCGCAUCCAGAACUCCAAAAGAAAACAAACUCCCGUAUUAAACCAAUGAGAAUCGGAAAACAAAAGGGCCCCGACCAAUAAAAGCAUUAUCGUAUUAAAGACGCGUCGAGAACGCCGGCGUCGCGACGCCCCCAAAUAAAGCGCAGAGGGUGGAGCGUCGUCAUCCCCUAUACUUAUCAAAACUUAACCGAUUGUUGGUUUUAGUUUUGUACGGUGUUUCGGUCAGUGCAAACGAUGGCUGGUCCUUAUCUAUCUCCGCUUCCAAGCGAUCUACUCACCGAGUACAUGUUCGGCAGAAGAAGGCAAAGAAGAAAUCGCACCACUUUUAGUCCUCAACAACUCCAAGAACUUGAGGCCUUGUUUCAGAAAACCCACUAUCCUGAUGUGUUUUUAAGAGAGGAAGUUGCUUUAAGGAUCAGCUUGUCUGAGGCCAGAGUACAAGUCUGGUUCCAAAAUCGCCGAGCCAAAUGGCGUAAACAAGCCAGGCUACAGUUGCUGCAAGACGCUUGGAGGAUGAGAUGUUUAGGCAUGGCCUCACCACAACUAAUAGUGCCAGGUAGACCUCCCAACAGUCUUCUACCGCCCAUGGACAAUCAAAUAGCACCAGCUGCUUUGCCUCCUCCACCACCAGGUGCUUGUCCAUGUUCUCCCGUUAGAAGUUCUCCCAGUCCUCAAGAUCUAUCUCCAGGACUUCCAGACGAUUUAUCUAUGGGCAAAAAACCAGAAGAUGUUUGUCAUAAUAAUAAUAAUAAUAAUAAUAAUAAUUUGAUUAAUCAUCAUCAUGGACAUAAUACGUAAUUUUUUGUUUUUAAUUAUGUACAGCUAAUUUAUAGAAUAA